AUGCUUCUUACCAAGGCCUUCGCGGCCGCCCUCACAGCUGCAGGUCUACUGUUCCAAAAUGCGAUAGCGCACUCUGUACAACGAAGAUCGCUGUCCUAUGUAACGCGCAUUGAGGACAUCAACAUCCAAACACCAUCGCAUCGGGUGCACGCCCAUACCUCAUUCGACGUCACAUUCCACCUUCACAGCAAGCAUCAAAUUGUCCGUCUCUCAUUGGACCCAAACACAGAUCUCUUCAGUGAUGACGCAGCGAUCCAACAUGUCGGUGCCGAUGGUACAAUCACCAAGGUCGAACCGCUCGACAGGCGAGCGAUCCGUGUGUUCAAGGGAGAGAGUUGGGUCAAGGAAGACGGCUCGACCGAGUGGAAGCAUGUGGGCUGGGCUCGAAUCAGCUUGAUCCGCGAUGGGAAAAAUCCCAUCUUCACGGGCGUAUUCACCAUUUCAGGAAACCACCAUCACGUCAAGACUGCCAGUUCGUAUCGUGCGCUCGCGAUCGAGGGCGACCCCGAAGUCGACGAGGAGGAUGACGACUACAUGGUUGUUUGGCGCGACACUGAUCUCAGCCCUGAGCCUGGCCAUGUCGAUCUCAAGCGUGAUCUGGGCAGCAUGGAAACCUGCGCCUCUGAUGACCUUCUUUCCAACCAGGGUUCCAACAGCCUUGUGUAUCGGGCCUUUAACGAGCCUCUGACAGAAGGCGCAUCUAUCAGCCCUCGGGCUCUGUUUGGGCGGCAGGAUCAGAUCGGUGGAAACGGUGCUGGUGUCAACUUGGCCGGGUCGAUUGGUUCGACGCAGGGAUGUCCGACCACAAAAAGGGUUGCCUUGAUCGGUAUCGCCACCGACUGCGGUUACACUUCCAAGUUUAGGAACAAGGAGGAAGUGCGAGCCAACAUCAUCGAUAUCGUGAACUCGGCCUCGGAGUUGUACGAGAGAACAUUCAACAUCUCGCUGGGUAUUCAGAACUUGACCAUCAGCGAUGCUCAGUGCCCAGGCACACCCCCCCAAACCGCGCCCUGGAACACGCCCUGCAGUGACAGCAUUACUAUUACUCAACGUCUGAGCCAGUUCUCAGAGUGGCGCGGCCGAUGGGAAGGGGACGGCAAUGCUUACUGGACGCUGUUGACGAGCUGCGGGACUGAUAAUGCCGUUGGCCUGGCUUGGUUGGGGGCUGUCUGCCAGCGUGGAGCCACGCAACAGGGGAACGAGACCACGGCUGCUGCCAAUGUCGUUGUACGGACAUCCACCGAAUGGCUUGUCUUUGCCCACGAGACUGGACACACCUUUGGAGCUGUUCAUGACUGCGGACAGGGUUCAUGUUCCCGCGGCGAAGACAAGCAGUCACAGUGCUGCCCACUGUCGAGCCAGUCUUGCGAUGCACAGGCCAACUUUAUCAUGAACCCUUCGACAGGCAGCGGCAUCACGCAGUUUUCACCCUGCAGUGUAGGCAACAUCUGCAGCUUCCUCGGGCGUAGCUCCCAGCGAGCCAGCUGUCUCGUCAGCAACAGGAACCUCAUCACCAUCACUGGCCAGCAGUGUGGAAACGGCAUUGUUGAAGCUGGCGAGGACUGCGACUGCGGCGGGGAGCAGUCCUGCGCGGGCAACCCAUGCUGCGACCCCAGGACUUGCAAGUUCACCACGGGCAGCCAGUGUGAUUUCUCCAAUGAUGAAUGCUGUACUGGCCAAUGUCGUUUCGCGGCCCAAGGGAGCGUCUGCCGUGCUAGCACCGGUCCUUGCGAUCCUGAGGAGAGGUGUUCAGGGACAGCAGCUGCUUGCCCAGCUGAUGAGAGCCGUCCAGACGGAGAUAGCUGCGGUGAACCUGGCGCUGGCCUGCAGUGUGCUUCUGGCCGCUGCACAUCCCGCGACCUUCAGUGCAAGACGAUGAUGGGCCGUUUGACCACAAACAACGAUACCUACUCAUGCUCGAGCAGCGGCUGCACCUUGUCUUGCCAGUCCCCCGAGUUUGGGCCCAACACUUGCUUUUCCAUGCGACAGUAUUUCCUCGACGGCACCCCCUGCGAAGGUGGUGGCAAGUGCUUCAACGGUAACUGCCAGGGUACACAACUCGGCAAGCAGGUUCUCGACUGGAUCAACGACAACAAGCCAAUCUUCAUCCCGGUGGUUAUCGUUGUCGGUCUUCUCUUCCUCAUGGCCGUCUGCAGUUGCCUGUUCAGCUGCUGCCGGAAGUCGAGCAGAAGCCACCGCAAGAUUCCCAAGCCGGUACCGCCACCAUACCCCUACGGCAACGGAAUGCCCGCCAUGCGUGGACCAGCACCGGGGCAGCAAGGGUAUCACCAACCACAGCAGCAAGGGUGGGAGCCAAUGCGCUCGACGCCGUAUCGUUAUGCCUAA